AUGCUGCACUUGAGCCGUCACCGAGAGGUCUCGACGUUACAGCCAGACAGGGCCACCAGAGCGGGCUUCCCAGCAUGCGAACUCGUCUCAGCCGCGUCCGCAUUGGCUCCGACGUUCUCCUGAGACGUGCGCACGUCCGUGUAGUGGCGCCAUCUGCCAGCCCAUGAACUCGCUCGUAGCCGCGCCCUCACCACGUCUCCUCCUGACUAACUUCUUGUCUUGUGGCGCAGCAGGCACGACACCGAGAGUCCCGACACGUCUGGCGCAGUGCGUCUCAACACCACCACCUGCUACCCACACUGCCUGUGCUGCCCGUGCUGCCCGUAGCCCCAGCCCCCAGCCUCGCGUCAGCCCUAGGCGAUCAAAACGACGCGCUCCGCCAGUUCACGCACCCUCACUAGCACAUGCAUCCACAGCCAUGGCCGGCUUUACCCAUUUCCUCAAAACCAUCCUCGUACCGCUGUUCCUCGCUGCCAUUCUCUAUGUCCUCCUAGCCUUCAUCAUCCUGCCCUUUGUACGCCGCCAUCGAAGCCGUUAUAGCCAGUACCUGCCCAUGCCCGCGACUGUGACCGACUUCCCUACAUCUUGGCGGACCAAUCUCUCCGAUGCUCUCUACAACCUCUUCGCGCCCUCCACCUGGGUCAGACAGAGAGGUCUUGUAGAUGGGAGCGGGCAGCAUGACGACGAUUUGUUUGACGACGAGGAGGGAGAGGGCAUGGUUGGCUUUGACCCCAUCGACGAGCGGAGAAGGGAAGCACUAGAGCAACGCAGGAGCAUAAUGGAGGAAGAGAGGCGCUUGGGGCGUGAGCUAGAGGAAGGCUUCAAGGAUGACAGCGAGGAUGAGCACGAAGACGAGAGGCGGCGGUCCCUAUCGCGACACCGAUGAUCUGCAUAAUACCCUUCACAUCGUUUACCUUCAAUUUGAUCACUUGCGUAUGCAUCACAUCACCGGCGUAAUUUAGACUUCAGGAUAUUGGGAAUUGGAGUUCAAGUGGGAUAUAUUCAUAUACAUAGGUAGGCGGGAAUACCCAUCCAGCGCCCAACAAGUACCAAGGAAAUUCGUGCGAAAUCGCUCAAAAAGGACACCAAGUUGAGAAAGAAGGCUGCUUC